AUGGCUUCACCCACGGCGAUUCCUAACCCCGAAAAGUCUGCUCAUCACCGUCCUCGAUCGCAUUCCAUCGUCCCGACCGAUCUCUCUAGCGAAAUUCGCACCAGCGAAGGCCAGAGGCUCUCCUUCUCCCCUCCUGGCUCCUUCUAUUCGCGAGCAUCGGCCCAUACAAGCGGCCUUCGCAUCCCUAGCGGUAUGACCUCUACCAUGGGCCCGCCGAGUCCCAACAACCGCUUCUCUAUGGGUUUCAGCCCUGUCAACUCCAGGUCGGACAACAACAGCCGAAUGUCGCCUCCUCAAGGUCACGCACGCGCUCGUUCGCAGACGGCCAUCGGCGCCGGCACCAUCGCCUCGAGCAUCGAGAGCUGGGAUGCUAACCGCGUCGACUCGCCUCCUGCAGCUAUGAGCGACGCUGCCGGCUCGCAAACUUCGUCGUAUAUCUCGGCUUCGGACCUCUCCUUCUCCCGCUCUCCCACGAGCCCUGGCAGCUCGGUUGCGUCGUCUGGCUACUCGUUGGGCCGUGUCCCCUCGCUUCCGCUGGGCGCCUCGUACGAGCAGGCUCAGAAGAGGUUCCACAGCGGCAGCUGGGGACAGAAGAUGGGAUGGAUGAACACGAUGCGACCCGGUCCGCUUUCGCCCACGCUCACCCGAACCAGCAUUGACGAGGGCAGUGGCGGCGGCGGCGAUGCAAGCAACAACAGCGGGAUGGGCGGUCUGCUGCGCCGCUUCAGUCUGGGCGGCAACUCGUAUCGUACAAGCAGCGGCGCAGUUUCUGGAGCGGGAGCAGCCCCGGUAGCUCCGGCUUUCGACGCUGCGCCUGCUGGCGCGUCGAUGCCGCGAUCUGCUUCGCCGCAGGCGAUUCCGGUGAUGCGUGACUCUGGCGUUUGCUUUGAUGAAGGCAAGCCUGCAGUGCGUGGACGCCAGGCGAGCUUCAGCGGCAGCACUAAGCGCAAGCCGAGCCCGAUGGGUGAGCGAUUGCUGAUGGGACACUUCAAUGCCCAUUGA